AUGUUAUUUCCAGAUGAUAACAAUGGAAGUCGAAUCAUAUUCACAACCAAGCUAACAGAUGUGGCUGAUUAUGCCAACUCUUUUAACACCCAUCACCAGAUGCGAUUUCUUAACGAGGAACAAAGUUGGAAUUUGUUUCAUGAAAAGGUGUUUGGACAAGAAAAUUGCCCACCUGAAUUUAAAGUUAUUGGUCAGCAGAUUGUGAAAAGUUGUCGUGGACUUCCUCUAUCAAUUGUGGUAAUUGGUGGAAGCUUCCUUGGAAACCUUAAUUGUUUACUCGCCACAACAUCUAUUGCCCAACAUAGCAUCGAAACUAUAGGAUAUGCGAAAGUUAAGGCAUCUCAUGUUGGUUCGAAUUUUCCUGCCCAGUACUCAGUUUGCGGAAGUCCUGGAAAAUCUCACGACAAUAUUAGCAGUAGCAAAUUUUGUAUGUACAGAUAUGGUCAUCCGUAA